AUGGGGAGUGUGGCUGCAUACCAGCUUCUGGAAGAUGCUCCUCUUGAUGAAAGUAGCAUGCCCACAUCACUAUCAACCAUGAGCCAUGAUACUGUCCAUUUCGAAACAUACGAUGACCUUUGGCAGUGGUCAGUGGAUCAUUAUGCUGAAUUCUGGGGAGAAUGCUGGAAAUAUUUUGACAUUGUACAUUCUCAACCAUACACCAGGGUAGUUGAUCCACAUAAAGGAAUAGAUGAAGUACCAGUGUGGUUUGAGGGCAGCAGACUCAACUUUGCUGAAAAUCUUCUGAGGUAUAGAGAUGACAGGGUUGCUCUUUUUGCUGCAGUGGAAGGAAACAAAGAAGUUGAAAGGAUAACGUAUGCUGAGCUGCAUGACGUUGUUUGCCAGUUUGCUGCAGCUUUAAAGAAGAUGGGAGUCCAGGCAGGAGACAGGGUGGUCGGUUAUAUUCCCAACUGUGCAGUAGCAAUUGAGGCCAUGCUUGCAGCAGCUAGUAUAGGGGCCGUUUGGAGCUCCACAUCACCAGAUUUUGGAGUAACUGGUGUGUUGGAUAGGUUCAAACAGAUCAAACCAAAGGUAAUCUUCUCUGUGGAUGCUGUCAUCUAUAAUGGCAAGACCCAUGACCACCUUGCUAAGCUAAGGCAGGUCGUAGAUGGACUCCCGGAACUGGAGAAGGUUGUUGUCAUACCCUACGUCAGAGCACCGGCUGAACUUGACCUCUCAAACAUUCCAAAUAGCACAUUUUUGCCAGAAUUUUUGGCGUCUGGUCAGGAGACAGAUGGCACCUUCCCACCAUUGGAGUUUGAACAGUUACCCUUCAACCAUCCUCUCUUCAUUAUGUAUUCAUCUGGCACCACAGGAGUACCAAAGUGCAUGGUCCAUUCUGCAGGGGGCACACUUAUUCAGCAUCUGAAAGAGCACAUACUCCAUGGCAAUAUGAGAAGAGAAGACAACAUCAUUUAUUAUACAACGACUGGAUGGAUGAUGUGGAACUGGCUAGUCUCUGGCUUGGCUGUAGGCAGCGGUGUAGUCCUCUAUGAUGGAUCACCUUUAGUUCCUGGACCUAAUGUACUUUGGGACCUCAUAGACAUGUUAGACAUUUCCAUCUUGGGAACUGGUGCUAAAUGGCUCUCUGUACUUCAAGAUAAAGGAGUACAUCCAAGAAAAACACAUAGACUUGAGAAGCUUCAUACGAUACUGUCUACUGGUUCACCUUUGACCCCUGCUUCAUAUGACUAUGUGUAUUCAUGUGUGAAAGAAGACCUUCUACUGGGCUCAAUAACAGGUGGGACUGAUCUGAUCUCAUGCUUUGCUGGUCAGAACUGGACAGUACCGGUUUACAGAGGAGAGAUCCAGGCUAGGAAUCUAGGAAUGGCUAUUGAAUCAUGGAGCGAAGAAGGCAAACCAGUAUAUGGAGAGAGUGGAGAGUUGGUUUGUAUAAAACCAUUCCCAUGCAUGCCAACUCACUUUUGGAAUGAUACUGAUGGAUUCAAAUACAAGAAGGCUUACUUUGCUAAAUUCAGAGGUGUUUGGGCUCAUGGUGAUUUUUGUACGAUUAAUCCCAAGACAAAAGGAAUUUACAUGCAGGGGCGCAGUGAUGGGACUCUGAAUCCAAAUGGUGUCAGAUUUGGAAGUUCAGAUAUUUACAACAUUGUUGAACGUGUGAAGGAGAUCCAAGACAGUCUAUGUGUUCCUCAGAGGAAUGCUGUCAAUGAGGAGCGUGUUAUUCUCUUUCUCAAGAUGGCCCCAGGAAUGACCUUUGACCAGGAUCUGGUCAAGAGAGUCAAAGUUCAAAUCAGGUCUGAACUAUCAGCCCGGCAUGUGCCUGCCCUUAUUCUGGAGACCAAAGACAUUCCAUAUACUAUCAGUGGUAAGAAGGUGGAGGUUGCUGUAAAGAAGAUUAUUGCUGGAGAGAAGAUCGUUCAGAGGGGAGCAUUCUCAAACCCAGAGUCUCUUGAUCUCUAUCAAGAUCUACCAGAAUUACAAGGUUAUUCCAAACCACUCAAGAAUCCCGGCCCUCCGAUUUGUGCUGAAGUCCAGGCAAAGAAAUCAUUGGUUCUCAAUACCAGUACAUCAACUUCCAGCAUUGAGUCCACCUCACCAGAAAAUUAGACCCUAUCUUGUUAUUGUUGGAUUGCAGCGAACUUCCUUUUUCACAAUCAAUAUAACAAUGCUUAGCAUAUGCUCAUUGUGAGUAGCUUUAAAUGUCAACAGCAUUCUCAAUCAGAAAGUAGCUGCCCUAAAGACCAAUUUGAAACAAUAGUUUUGUAUAGCUUUAAGGGAAUAUACAUGUAUUUAGACAUUACAUUUAACAAGGGAUAUCAAAUUGUUAAAGUAUUCUUUUUUCAGUAAAAGAAGGUUCCAGGAUAAAUCUGGAGUAAUGUGAUUUAUUAGACACUGAAGACUUCAUUGCAUAAUGAAAACUAAUUGGGUGUCAUUCAGUUUACCAGGAGUAGUGAAUUCAACCAAGGGUGGGUGGUCUCUCUUGAUUUUACCAUGUAAAUUACCAGUAUUCAAAUCCAUGUUCCAUUUUAUCAACAGAUAAUGAACUAUGGCAUGGGAAAAUGAAAAGAGUAGAUAUUUUCACAAUAUAGAUGUGACCUUGUAAAAGAGUCAAGCUUUGACUAUAUUGAACAUCAAUGAACAAAAGUUUAAUCAUUGUCUACAGGGACAGGGUUUUCCACAGUACGAAUCAAGUUUAUGGAUUCAUUAGUCAAAAAAAUAACCAAACAAAAAUUUCACUGAAGCUAUUUAGGCAUAGACAGGUAGCUAAAUCUUUAAUGAGAUAAUUAAUUAACCAUUAAUUUUAUAUUCAAAUCAUUUUAAAGCAAUUAUCACUAUAUUCUUUUGUUUCUUAUGUAUUCCAUGUCAGAAUUUGUUAGUUAACAUUGAAAAAAAUGUUAAUCCCUAAACCAUGCAUUAGGUAGGGGUUAUGUGCAAUUCUUGCUCUUACAGUAUUCAGCUAUAGAGAGAAGUCUGUAUAUUAAAGUUUUGUUAUGUCCCUUCAUAUUUAAACUUUGCUCAAGAUUUAAAUGAUUGUAGGUCUGGAGCAAGAUAUAUUGCAGCACAUGUGUUUUAUUCAGUCAAUUGAUUGUUUCCAGCCCAUGGAUCAGUCCCAGGGAUCAGUCCAGGGAUCAGUCCAUGAUACACACGUUUUCACUCAUCCUUACAUUGAUCAGACAGUUUGCAUGAGUUCAAUGAUGAUUACUGACUGCAUGCUCAACAAGAAGAAUCCUGAUAUCGAUUGGAUAAAAACAUGAUACAAUGUAAUGUAUAACGGAUGAAAAAUUGUAACCAAUCAUAUGCAUUUUAUUGAAAGCAUAAGACAAUACAAGCACUUGAGUCAUUAAAAAAAAGGAUUAUGAUGGUGCCUGUAAAAAUUCUUUCAAAAUACAUGUAGCUGAAUGAAUUGAAAAGAAAAAUGGGGAAAUCUUUAUAAUCAAAUUCUUUUAUUUUCAUUUUGUAAGCAAUGCUUAUGAACCUUGCAUUGUUCUUCAAAUGAAGAUAUACAUGAACCAACUUUUCAACGUGUCGGAAGCUGUGUUGUGGUAAUGGUCUAUCAUUGUAAUAAAUCUAGGGAAAAAAAACUUACACAUCUAGCCUCUUUCUUCACUGAGCUAUGUCCAUAAAAUGUUGCUCACACAGAUUAUUGUUUAUCUUUGGAUAUAUUACCAUUUGAUCAUGUGCAAAUCAAAGUGAUAUAUAAGAGAAUAAUGUCACUAGAAAACAUUUUGGAUUAGUCAGUUUAAGAGUCCCAACGUGGAUGCAUUCUGGCAAUACCCACCUGGCUAUAACCUCGUAGAAAAUGCAUGCCAUGCCAGAAAAUCAACUCAGGGUGGCAGUAGUGUAGGAAUCAUGUUCUAUAUAUCUUAUAUUGUAUUGGCAAUGGGAUGAAUUCAUCAUGUAAUCAAGAUCAUAAGGUUCAUAACACAUGAAUUGAUAUGACUUGAGAGAAGUGUGCUAUUAUUUCCUGCCUGAACUGAGUAUGAUGUUAGUAUCUUGUGCAGAAUUGCUUCUAUACUGGUUUUCACACUGUAUAAUGCUCAUAUUUCGAUGUGUGUAUGUCAUUCAACAUAUUGUAGUUUUACUUGCAUGUUUGCAUGUGCAUCACCAUAAUGACCAUACAUCUCAGAUAAAAUGGUAAUUUUUGAGAUAAUUGACUCAUAAAAUUUGUGAAAUGGAACUACUAUCAAAAAGCUCAGGUCAUGCAUUAAAUGUCUGUGAUAGACAAAGAGUUAAAUAAGAUAGUUAUUGUAAAGCUGAAGUUUGAUUCAUAUUGGAAUCUUGGUGAAUUCGAACAGGUUGUGAAGACUAUAGCGAACACAAAUUCUUUUUUUCUUAAUGUGCCUGUAAUGUUCAUAAGACAUGCAAUUGUUGCUAUGUAUUUUUUUUCAUGUAGAAAUGAUAUAGAUUCACAUCAUACAAAGUUUUGAUUUAGUACAAAGUAUAUAUAAGCACUCCCACUUUAUGUAAAUAGCUUUAUGUAAAUGUAGUUAUUAGGGUAUAUAAAAUGGCUGAUAGCUUUGUUUAUUUGUCCCCCCCCCCUGGUUAGUCUCAUGCCUGUAUCACAGCAUAUCCUCAUAUACAAUCCCUGGUGAUCUCACACUGAGUCACGGUUUCCUGCCCACAAUCUCAUGCAUUGCUGGUCUUUGACCUUAGCAUCUCUGCCCCCUCCCCCUCUCUCUAUUUCCCUCUAUUCUGUCCGUGUUUCUUUUGAUGUCUGCACAAAUUCGUCGUGUUUGCUGUAAAGAAUGGGUUAUCAAUUAUGUGUUGGGGUACCUCUUUCUCUCUAAUGAUUUGUUGAUGUUAUGGAAAUUGUGUAUAGUAAUGGCAUUCUCCUGCCUGGGUAUUAAUUUGUGAUAAAUUUAUCAAUUAUUUUAUUCUGUAAUAUAAACAACAUACAUGUCUUCAUGACAAUCUGUAUUGUCUUGUUUUAGCCGAUUCUCAAAUUAGAAUCCUAAUAGAUUACAACAAGAUACAUUAGUAUUCAUAUUUAUUUGAUGUUUGCAUGCCCAGAGUAAUAGGAAAGAAAAAAUGCAACAAAACCCUGAUUUCAAAAAUCGCUCUCAGGGAUUAAAAUUUGUGUUUGUUUUCCAAUCAAAAUAUAAUUUAAAUUCAAUAUUAGCUUCCUGGUUCAUCUUAUACAUAUUGUCUUUCCUAGGCUCCAUAUUUUAUUGUGAAUGUAGCAGUCAAAUAUUCAUAUCGAUGCUACAUGUUAUAUGCCUUAUAAGCUAUGAUUUGUAGAAGUUUUCACUUACUAGAAGGAGCAAACUUUUGGAAGUCAAGAGUAGGCACAAAAAUAUUUCAUGUGAUCAAAUUGUAACAUAUUAUUUAUUAAUUUAUGUUUAAAGAUUUACAUUUAGUUUCAAAGUAGAAGUAUCACAGUUAUAUACCGUAUAUCUAUGUGCUUCUAAAAAAAUACAAUCUUAUCAGGAAAUCUUUGACUUUAAGUUAUUUUUCCACAUUCCUUUCCCAUCGUGUAGGGCUGAGAAAAAUGAAUUAAAAGCUAAUAAUGCCUCAGUGUCUUGACAUAUGAGAGGUAGGUUCAUGAGAAAUAGUUGGCGUUUCUGAAAUAAUGGUGGAUAUUUUAUCACGUGGUUCUUCAAGGUCUUUAUCAUGUAGGUAUUUUAGGUGAAUUUAUAUUUUUCUGUGUUACCCCAUACAUCUGUAGAAUUGAGUUGGAUAUAUGUAAUAAAUAUAUUCACAUGUUUGCAGUCAGCUGAAUAAAGAUAAUACAAACUUUUAAGAAAACA